AUGCUGCCCGCGGACCCCACCUACCCCCUCCUCCCCAUCUUCGCCUUCCUUGGCUUCAUCGUCUCACUCAUUCCUCUGUCAUGGCACCUCCAAGCCUGGAACGCUGGAACCUGCGUCUACAUGAUCUGGACCUCAUUCGCUUGCCUCAUCCAGUUCGUUAACGCUAUAGUCUGGAAAGACACUGCCCGCACUAUUGCUCCGGUGUGGUGCGAUAUCUCGACAAAAUUCAUUAUUGGUGCAGGUGUUGGCAUCCCUGCGUCUACCCUGUGUAUCAACCGCAGGCUGUACGCCAUCACCACUGUCCGCUCUGUGUCCACUUCCCGAGAAGAUAAACGCCGAGCGGUCAUCGUUGACCUCUGCAUCUCGGUUGGCCUCCCUGUUUUAGUAAUGAUCCUUCACUACGUCGUCCAGGGCCAUAGGUUCAACAUCAUGGAGGGUGUCGGCUGCCUCCCCGAGAUCUACAACACGCCACCUGCAUACCCUCUCGUUUUCAUGUGGCCUCCUCUCAUUGGCUGCGUCUCCUUCGUUUACGCAUUCAUGACUCUCCUCAGCUUCCUGAGGCAUCGCAUCAAGUUCAACGAAGUCAUCUCCUCCAGCGGCGGCGCGAUGACCAUCAGCCGCUACUUCCGCCUCAUGCUCCUCUCCAUCUCCGAAAUGGUGUGCACGAUCCCCAUCGGCGCGUACAGCAUCUACAUCAACACGGCCGGCGUCACCCUCGCGCCCUGGAUCUCCUGGGCGAACACGCACGCGGAGUUCUCGCACGUCGAGGAGGUCCCCGCGUUCAUCUGGCGCUCGAACCGCCCCUUCCUCAUCUCGGUCGUGAUGGGCCAGUGGGUGUACAUCUUCGCCGCGUUCCUCUUCUUCGCCCUCUUUGGCUUCGCGGAGGAGGCGCGCAAGCACUACAGGCUCACGUUCUGGUGGGUUGUGAAGUGGUUCGGCAUCCGGCCGAAGCCCAAGAGCGAGAAGAUGGCGUUCAACAAGUUGUCAGGACUGGCGAACUACGGGAAACCUCCGCAGUUCGCAGACUUCAACUCCCUCCCGCCCUACUCCCCCUCCUCAAGCACACCGCGCACCCCACACAAACGUCCCGAAUCGCUCUCCCCCUCGCUCGCCGAGAGCUUCGCAGAGGUCGAUCUCGAGAAGUGCCUCCCCCCAUCUCCAAGCAAGUCGCACAGCGACGCGUCCUCCGUAUAUGACGGCGACGACGCGUCGCACGUCAUCAUCAUCUCCGACGAGUGCCCCGCGAGCACGCCGCCGACGCCCGUGCGCGAGCCGGUGCGGCCGAUGCCCCCCGCGAUCGCCGUCCCCGCGUUCCACCGCCCGUUCUCGCCGCCGCUGCUGCGCCCGGGCGAGGGGCUCGCGGUGCCGCCGCUGGGUGGUGCGCAGGCGAUUGCGCGCAAGGGCUCGGUGGGCUCGAUCUCGAUCAUGGUGCAUACCGAGUCGCAUACGUUCUAG